UGGAUAUUGACAACUGCGUCAAUGCUGUCAAGAUCAGCUAGAAAAUGACAAGAAACUUAUGCAAAAAAACUGCAAUACGUCGCACAGUAUAUUUGUUUAAUAUAAAUAGUACAUAAAAAUAUUCCAUUAAUUUUAAACCACUUUAUCUCUUCACCCACGCUAAUAUUACGGACCUGAAUUGUUUUGUUUCCUCUUGUUUAGAUAAUUUUGCUUUAAUGUAAUGCUAUAGCAGUGCUUUUAAAACCAUUGUUGUAAUUAGUCAAUAUUGAGAUUUAAUUAUAAUGAAUUAUAAAAUAAUAAGACUUUUUGUUUUGAUUCUUGUGGUGAACAUAAAACUUGCACUAUCACUAUACAGCAAAACUUGGAAUGAAAAUAAUAAAUGCCCCAAACUUUACCCCAAAAAUUUUGACAACCAUAUGCCUGUGGGUAACCUAACAGCAGGAAACUUCACUGAGAAAACUGAUUUAAAAGGCUUAAGACGGUGUGUUAUGGCAUGCUGUCUUGCUGAUACCUGUAAUAUUGUGUUCAUUGUGGAGUCUCGAUGCUUCCAUGUAGAAUGUGUUAGUGAUGAACUCUGUUUACCUUUACCAAGAGCUGCAAGCCGAAAAUGGGAUACACAUGUGUCAAUGAUUCUUGUUAAGCCAGUUUUACCUAAUGAAAAUUGGUCUGAUAUUUUGGAUCAGUCAAACUUUAGAGAGUUAAAUAAUAAUUUUUCACCAGAAGAUGAAACAAUGUAUUCAUUUACAAAUCAUCGUAAUGAUCUAGCUGAUGACGAUGAGUCAAAUUUUCUUACACAUUUCAUAAAUAAUCUACCAAAUAUGGAAGAAGAUGAACCUCAAAAUUUUGACAAGUACACAGACAAUAAUGACAAUGAACUGAUGUUGGCUUCAAGGUUUCUAGAAAAAAAUUCAUGUGAAGUCGGAGCUGACGACUGUCCCUUCAAUUCAGAAUGUAUACCAUUAGGUCUUAAAAUGCGAAGUGGUAUUUGUAAAUGCGUAAUGGGUACAGAAGAGAAUGCUCAAGGAGCUUGUAUUCCACAGAGACCAUUUUCUAAAGGUCCAACUAUACCAAUUGAGUCAAUUAAAAAAAGUGAAAACUUAAUGUCUGAAAUGAGAAGUGAUUUAAAAUCUGACAAACCAGUGGCAAGACAAAAUUUGACUGUCUCAAUUUCAUCAAAAGAAGUACAACUUCCAGAUAAUGAAGUCACUUUAGCAGCUUAUACAAUACCAGAUGAGAAAUCCACUCAGAGUCAUUACAACUAUGUCUGGACCUUAGUGGAUCAACCUAAAAAUGGAUUUACAGGCAAUAUGAAUCAAAAUGGUGCAACAGUUACUUUAACGGAUCUCACAGAGGGACAGUACAGAUUCAAGGUUACGGUAAAUGGAUCAAAUUCCUAUGGAGAGGCAUUUGCCAAUGUGACGGUACUUCCUCCAAAACGCACCAACACACCACCAAUGGUGGUAAUAACGCCACAAUCUCAGACUGUAAAGUUACCUAACUCUGGGGCUGUUUUGGACGGGAGUGCUAGUAAGGAUGAUGACGCAAUAAUAUCAUGGCAUUGGGAGCUAACAUCGGGACCAAUCGGCUACCAACCGCCACUACAAGAUGGACCUACUUUGGUCUUGAAAGAUCUAAAACAGCCAGGAAACUACACAUUUAAAUUAACAGUAGAAGACUCAGAUCAUGUAAAGAAUUCAACCACUGCUAAUAUUACUGUACUUAAUCAUACGGACUAUCCUCCGGAAGCUAAUGCAGGGCAAGAUGUGAUAAUUUAUCUGCCAAACAACAAUUUGACUCUUAAUGGAAGUUUGUCAACCGAUGAUCACGAAAUCACCUCCUGGGAGUGGACCAAGUCCGCUGAAGACGAAAACAAAGCUGUGGAUAUGCAAAACACACAUUCGCCGUACCUACAGCUGUCGAACCUGUCGGAGGGCGUGUACACGUUCGUGCUGCGCGUGACGGACUCGUCGGGGCAGACGUCGUCGGCGGACGUGCACGUGUUCGUCAAGCCGCCCACCAACACGCCGCCCGUCGCCGACGCGGGCCCCGACCAGUUCAUAUCGCUACCUCAAACAUGGAUAAUCUUGAACGGUUCUGCGUCUCACGACGAUCACCGUAUCGUUGCGUACACGUGGCGUUGUCUCUCCGGCCCGAAUAACUCUAGCAUUGUGGGCUUUAACGAGUCGAUCGCGAACGCGACCGCUCUCACAAAAGGGCAGUACGUCUUCUCGUUGACCGUGCUUGACGAUAACGGUAACUCCGCCACCGAUAAUGUUACCGUUACCGUCGCUCAGAAUAAAAACAGUCCUCCAAAAGCUGACGCGGGCGGCGAUCAAGUGCUUAACUUGCCGUUAUCGGUUCUGAUUCUCAAUGGUUCUAAAUCGUCUGACGAUUUCCGCAUCGUUUCUUGGAAGUGGACUCGCUCCGGAUCCGGUUUAGCAGCCGGAACUGUCAUACUUCAUUCAGAUACACAACCAGUUUUAAUGCUAACAGACAUAGAACCGGGGAGAUAUGUUUUCGAACUAACAGUGACGGAUGAUCAAGGUGAAUCUGACAGAGAUACAGUCAGCAUCCAAGUAAAACCGGAUCCGUUGGAGAUGAAACUUCUGGAAAUGUCCCUCAACGUACCAAUCUCAACUUUCACCAAGAGUCAGCUCGAUUCUCUCGUACAAAAAAUAAGUUUGCUGUUAAAAGAUGAUAUGACAAUUAAUGUGACUGAUAUUAGAGGCGAAGUUGAUACUGGAAACACGUUGAUAAUAUACUUUUUAUCGGAGAAGGGCGUGCCGAUGGACGGCAUCCCGGCGCUGAGCGCGUCGCGCAGCGCGGCGGUGAGCGCGGGCGCGCGACGCGUGCGCUCGCUACGCUGUCUGAGCGCGUGCUCGGGGCGCGGCGUGUGCGAGCAGGCCACGCGCACGUGCCGCUGCGACGCCUUCUGGAUGCAGAGCCUGCUCACGCAGUUCCAGCCGGACGCGCAGCCCGACUGCGACUGGUCGGUGGUGUACGCGAGCGUGUGCGGCGUGGCGGCGCUGUGCGCGGCGGGCGGCGCGGGCUGGGCGUGCGCGCGCGCGCUCCGCCGCGCCUGCGCGCCGCGCCGCCCGCGCGCGCGCCCCACCUACCGCCUGCUGCCCGUCGCCGACCACGAGGAGAAGCCCUUCACAAGCAAAGACUUAUCUGAAACUGACACUGACUCGGAUGUGUUGUACGAAACUAAAAGCAAAGUGACCUCCUUCGGGACACGAUCAAUGAACGGCGAACUGGCACACGGUAAUGGCUGGAAGAACGGACAUAGUAAAACUUCUAGAAAAAUAAAAACGUAGCUUCACCAUAUCGUGGACUAUAUCCACGGUAAAGUCUCGACCAUCAUGUGAUAAAAUCCAGUUUCAUAUCUAGGACCCUAAAAAAAUAAGACCGUUAAUAUUAUGACGCUUAAUUUACUCAGCCCCUUUUAGUAAAUAUGUAUAUAUUUUUUAUAUUGUAUGUACUUUUGUACUUAAUAUUAUUCAAAAAUAUAUUGAAUU